GCACCUGAUCUCUCAUUUACAUCCCUGCCCACUCCCAGCGCCACCUGACACAGAUGGACGGCGCCCCGGCUUGGAUGGCCAAGGUCACGAAGUCCGCGGACGAUCGCGUCGACAAAAAGUCCAAGGUCGUCGCGGCGGCUCGGUCCAAGGGCGGCGACAUCCUACGCCAGCUGGUGGCGAUCCUCGUCAAGCUGAGCCUGGCCAACAGCGCCGAGCUUCGCGACGUGUGCGGAGUCGUAUACAUCACCUUUCUCAUCAAGUCCGACCAGCCCUCCAUGAAGGCCGCCCGCGACGCGGGGCAGAGCUAUCACGCCGAGGUGCAGCGUCGCAAGCAGGCCAGCGAGGACCUCUCCACGCUCGGCCCGCCGUACGUGCAGGUCUGGAGCGCCCUCAUCCAAGCGAUUGGGAAGGAUUCCACCUGCAGCGACGAGGUCCGCAAGAGCAUCGAGACCUACUGGAAGGACGUGCUGGUGCCCAUGCCGCUCGAGAGGGUCGGAGAACACGUUCGCCAUUGCCGUGUAAGAAAAACUCGCAAGGUCGAAUCGGAGGACGAGCGGAUGCGCCUGACCUUCGCAGUGGACGGGGAGUUCAAACCUCUGGAGAGGACCCUGGUGGCCUACUUCUCGUCGGCGUCGGUUGCAGGCGAGCGCAAGCUGGGCCCAGCUCCCCGUGGCGCGCUAGAGCGCGAGGCAUCCCGUCUCCUGGAGAAGCUCGGAGAGGGCAGGAAGGAGAAGAAGGAGGAGGACGCCUGAACAUGACUAUUGGAGUACUGCAUGAGAAUUUGAUCGGCCCUCAGUCUUCUGGAGCAUGGGCCUCGCAGGGUUCUUUCUUUGGGGCAGAGAUUUUGUCGGGCACAGCUUCUGGAGUACCUGAAGUUCGUGCUGUGCUUGCUGCGGGCCAACUCGUCCGAGCGGAUCUGCCACCAGAAGUUCCUGCGCGAGGCCCCGCUCCAGUAGCGUUCCCGAGUUCUGAGGCCAGUAGCUCUUUUACAAAUGGGGGUGAGGGGGGACCCGAGUCUGUCAGUGGUGCCUUACCGAGAGCUCCCUUCCCCCCGAACUUAG